AAGGCACACGAGGAGGCGGCUAAAGCUGAGCCGUCCAUGUCCUUCGCUCCUCUUUUUCGUCCCCCUCCUCCACCCGACUCGGCGACAUUUCCCCCUCCGCCCGUUCCUCUCCGGGGUCCGGAGGUCCCCUGGAGCCGGGAGACCCCGAGGAGCCACGCCCCCCUCCCGGCCUCCUCCCCGCUCCGCCUUAUGAUGGACAGAGGUGAUGGACCAAUUGGUAGUCUCCCUGAACAUCUCCUUGUAGAAAUAUUGACUCGGUUACCAACCCACGAGUGGGUCCAAAUAUCAUGUGUCAGCAAGCACUGGGCAAGCAUGUUCCGAGGAGAAUACUUGUGGCAAACCGCUAUUGCAAGGAAAUGGCCAUCCGCUGGUUUCCGGAAACGCUGGCCUGGGCCAAUUCCCAGAGGCUCUGCUAGGAGAAGAUUCCAAGCACUUUAUGUCAGCGAGAACCUUGUACCAUCUGGUGGGGAGAUUGACGAGCUUGUUGGUCACACAUAUCUCUAUUUAAAAGAACAGCUUGAGCGUGUUGCCAUUCCUCCAUCCAGCAUACUUCAUGGCACCAUCAUUGAUCAGUUCAUUGCUUGUGGUAGGACAGGAGAAAAGGCCCAUGAACUUGCUUCAAAUAUAUGGAUUGCAGUCAUUGACAAUUUGGAAGAAAACCAGCAGACAUUCAUGCUCUUAAAACACCUAGCGCAAGAAGGAGAUUUUUUCCUUCCAUUUCCAUAUUCGAGGUCGUAUAAAGUACUGUGGAGGGUGUUUGACAAGCUGUUCACCGACUUCCGUGACUGUUUCAGCGGGGGAGAUUACCAUGAGGCGCUAGCGGGUGCCAAGUCUAGGUUUCAGCCAGUACCUUCUUCAUGGCUUGGACAUUAGCACACAGCUGUUGUUCUUAUUGUGAGUUGUACAAUAUCUUAGAUGUAGCUGCUAUACUUCCCCGAGUGAAAAAGUGGAUGCCAAAGAAUGGCAAUUCCACUGGGAUGACAUUUAUAUGUUUGGUGACUUGACCGACAAUUUCAAGAACGCCAAAAUAUAUGCGAUUGUUUGAUUGCAAAAAGUGUAUCUGCGUUCUUGAAAGUUCUUUGAGAAACAUCGGUUGGAUUCAGCAUAAUAUACCCAGUAGGAGCUAGUUUGGUGAUUGGUUCA